AUAAAUGAAAGUCCGACUGGAAGGAGCUGACGAUGAAAACGGGUGGGAUUUAUUCGGAUCGGACAAUCCGAGGAACCCGUGUGUGUGUGUGUGUGUGUUUACGGAAGGGAUAGAUCACAAAACUUGUGAUUGUGUGUGUGUUCGAACCUGUGAACAUUCAUAACCUCUCCAGAAUACAGAUUUUCCCUUCGGGCGGCACGGUGGUGUAGUGGUUAGCGCUGUCGCCUCACAGCAAGAAGGUCCGGGUUCGAGCCCCGUGGCCGGCGAGGGCCUUUCUGUGUGGAGUUUGCGUGUUCUCCCCGUGUCCGCGUGGGUUUCCUCCGGGUGCUCCGGUUUUCCCCACAGUCCAAAGACAUGCAGAGAUAUACAAAGCACCUCUUGUAUGUAUUGUGCGUCGAUGCUUGACUGGAUGGAGUGAUUCACCGAAGAGAGAAAACUGAAGACACCAAAUCUGUGUAGAUCUCCUAAUGGCAGCUAUAUUCUUCACCUUGCUCCUCUUCUUUCCCCUUCCUCCAUCUAUUUCUUCUCGUCCAUUUGCAGAGACAUCAGUGACCAUUGGAGUGGACAAGGACGUUGUCCACCAAAAAGGGAGCAACCAGUUCAGUUACAAUGACAUUCCAAGUUCAAACACAGUCGGACAAAAAGAAAGAGAACUGCAUUGGAGCACAAGUAGUGUCAGCCAAAACAACCCAAAUGAACAUGAGGUCAGUACAUUUCCAAACAAAACUGGUCAGAAUAGCCAAAACAGUACUGAAAGCAGCCAAAACAAUGGAAACCUUACACGUCAUCUGCCGGACAUAAUUAUCAUUGGCGUAAGGAAAGGUGGAACGAGAGCAUUGCUCGAGAUGCUGAACCUUCAUGAUACAAUCGCUACCGCACAAAGUGAGGUUCACUUCUUCAAUGUGGAUGCUCAUUACCAGCAGGGACUCGAGUGGUACACAUCGCAGAUGCCAUUGGCUCGGCCUGAUCAGUUGACAGUAGAAAAGACUCCGGCGUACUUCACUUCUAUUGAUACUCCAGAGCGAAUCCUUCACAUGAACCCUUCCAUCCGGCUCUUGCUAAUUGUCCGAGAUCCUGUGGAUCGUGUUUUAUCAGACUAUACGCAAGUUUUUCACAAUCAGCUUCAAAAACACAAAAUUCCUCAGACCAUCGAGGAUCUGCUGCUCCAAGACGGCGAACUCAACCUCAGCUAUAAAGCCGUGAACCGAAGUGUGUAUCACCCGCAUAUGCAGCGAUGGCUCCAGGUUUUCCCACGUGACAGCUUUCAUCUAGUGGAUGGCGACACGCUCAUCAGAGACCCGUUAUCAGAAAUGAAAAAAGUCGAACACUUUUUGCACCUCAAGCCACAGAUAACCGAAGAAAACUUUUACUUUAAUCAGACAAAAGGUUUUUACUGUUUGAAGGGAAAAGGGCGCGAACACUGCCUCCAUGAAUCGAAGGGACGAACGCACCCAAAUGUAGCCCCAGAAAUCCUGCAGAAAUUAUGCAAAUACUUUCAGGAACCAAACAGGAAGUUCUUUGAACUAGUAGGAAGAACGUUUGAUUGGAAGUGAGAACAGGUGGAUGGCAAAGAAACGAACGUGAAUGCGAAUACAGUCCCGUGGAAAAAAACUCAACUCUUAAGAUUGUGUCAAGAUCAUGAGAAUGGAUGAGGUGAACUUUUGCAAAGAUUUGUACAAAGAUUGUUUGUAUGCAAAUGCAAACAGUUCUUGAAACAUAUCGGAAGAGUAUUUGUGAAACACUGAAAACUAUGCGAACAGUUUCACCAACAAAACAAGGGUUGCAAGUGCAAACAGGAAGGUUUUUGAGUGUUUGGGAAGAAAGGCUGACUCAAAGUCAGGAGGCAGUUAAAAUCCUGUCAAGUCACUGAUCAAAUAAAUUGUUUGACAUCGUAACAAUGGAUAAUACAAAAUCCUGCACAAAGCUCGAAGGACUCAUAUUAUUAUGAAUUGUAAAAAAAAAAACCUGCUUUCAUAAACAGGAGGGAAGUUUUGUCAAAACAUGACAGUAGUCGAAAAGAUGAGAUGAAUGUUUUAUAUAUUUAACCUUGGCUAAAUAAUAGAGGACAACAUUAUUCAUUCCAACAAAAGUUCAUUCGCCUGACUGAAAACCGACACACGUCCUGCUAAAUAGGAUUAAAAUAUAAGUUGUGGAAACUUAAUUUUUGUUUGUAUCAUGAAGUGGCAUUCCAUUGGCACAAUCAGCUCUAACUGUCUGUGCACCAUGUCAAAAUUAGUGGUUAACAAACAACGCAACACAAAAUUUAUAACAAUGCUGUUGUUGUUGUUGUUUUGUUAUUAAUGCCAGAAGAUUACCUCACGACACUGUACUUUUGUGUAUUUUUCAAAUGUACAAAGGAACAAAAACUGCAAACAUAGAAAACAAGAAAUAGGUAGCCAACUCCAGUAUUAUAAUAAUAAUAAUAAUAAUAAUAAUGAAACCAUAUUUGCAAAACCAAAUUUUGUACAUAAACCGCGAAACUAUAUUAUACUAUUCAUUGCGCUGCCUAUACCAGAAAAUUACAGGUAAUGUUUUACUGAACUGUAUUAACCACAGAAGUGGCUGCAUUUUGUUUUCCAGUCAUGUUUAUCAAUCAUGUAAUUUCACAGUUAGAAAAUUCUCAGCCAAUAAUACAGACAAUGAUAUGCCCCAGGCUUGUAGUACUCGAGUCCAGGACUUGUGCCCUAAUUUUAAGGACUCGUGACUUGACUUGGACUUGAGCACUGAUGACUCAGACUUGGACUGAAACUCGUGCAUUAACUGCAUUCGAAACCCGUAAAUUGGAGACGAGGACUCGGAUUGUUUCUUUAUUUUUUGUAACGUGCCAUAAUAAUUUGGCAGAAGGUAUUUCUGUCUCCAUUAAUUUUUGUAUGAAUUUCAUGCAAGAGAAUGCACAUUCACCUGUUCAUACAGUAUGUCAUGAUCAGGAACAAACUAACGUUAAUGCCUGGAGAGAACACCCCUAGGAUUGUCCACUUUGCUUCUACAGACUUCUCGUGCAAUGGGGAAAAAAGCACUGCUAUGUGUUCUGUAUGUAGAAGAGCUAUCGAGGAGACGACGGGGACGACCUCGAACUUCAUUUCAAUCGUCAUUUGGCAAGACUCCAUCCAUAGAAGGAAGUGGCACGCUAUGUUCAUUGCUCUGUUGACAGCAGGGCUUGCUUGCUGAUUGAUGAAUUAGCUAGUGUUAACCCUGUCUAAUGUUAUUUGCCCUGUUGAUAGUGGGCGGGGCUUGCUGAACUAUGAACAAGCUUUUUAUCUGUAGCCUAUUAACUAAAAUGGGGCAGUCGAACAAUAAUGUUAGUCCAACACAGUAGCAGAGACGGUUUCACAUAAAGGCAGUAACAGUCACCGUCAAAUGGUGCCAUUGGAGUCUUGUUCUCGGACUCGACUCGGCUCAACAGUGGACUCAACUCUUAAUUUUCUUUCAUGACUUGGACUUGACUUGGACUUGAACACUGGGGACUCGAGAUUGGACUCGGACUCGAGGUUUAGUGACUCGACUACAACACUGAUAUGCCCAUUAUGACAUAAUCAGCUGUCGGGUGGAAUUCCUUCAUGUAUUUCAACGGAAAAGUUUCUCAGAUAUUGAAUAUCAAAGUAUCAAGCUGAAAUACAAAUCCACAGUGAACCUCUGCUUGAAAUUACAUCAAGUGUGAAUGUGAAGUGGUUUCUUAACACAAAUAAUGAAGAAACAAUUCCAGAAUUACAAAGACAUAGGGGCUAAUCUCGAAACCAAGGCAGAACUAAAGCAGAACUCUGUACACUGUCCAUAUUCUGACAUAUUUGCUGUACAAAAAAAGGCUAAUACACAACCUAGCAUGGUAGUAAAUAGGAUUACACACAAACUAGCAUGAAAAGAAAGCUAAAAUACAAAUCUUUAUGAAAGCAAACAUUUGAACUUAAACUAGGAAUUACAAUAAAUUGACUAACCCUUGACCUAGAAUAACUAAUCACAGUCAUGAUACCACACAAGCUCUAUAUGUUUAUUAGCCUUCUCAAAGCUGUUUUAAAUUUUUGGAUUUAUUAACUGGCAGAUGUAUUUGUCACGACAGUCACAACUUAUUGAUCAAUGUGGGCGCAGUGUUAAAAUAAAAUAAACACAGCUCCUUUUGUGGUCUGUUUUAUAAGCUAGCAUGGCAAUCUGCAAAUCCGGAUUUGUGUCAAAAUCUAAUCAAUUGUUCCUUGACUCAUUGUUCACCUUUCCUCCAAAUUUCAUCCCAAUCCAUUCACUACUUUUUGAGUUAUGUUGGGAACACACACAAAAAUACUGGAUCUGCAUACAUAUCUGGAUCCUGGAUCCAUAUACAUAUCCAGAUUUGCAUCAAAAUUUAAUCAAUUGUCCCUUGGCUCAUGGCCCACCUUACCUCCAAAUUUCAUCCCAAUCCCUUCACUACUUUUUGAGAUACAUUGGGAACAUACACAAAAAUACCAGAUCCACAUACAUAUUUAGGUUCUGGAUCCAUAUACAUAAUGAGUUUUGCAGCAAAAUCGAAGCAAUUGCUCAUUGCUGACCUUUCCUUCAAAUUUCAUCCCAAUCCGUUCACUACUUUUUGAGUUACGUUGGGAACAUACACAAUAAUACUGGAUCUGCAUACAUAUCUGGAUCCUGGAUCCAUAUAUAUAUAUAUAUAUAUAUAUAUAUAUAUAUAUAUAUAUAUAUAUCCAGAUUUGCAUCAAAAUCUACUCAAUUGUUCUUCGGCUCAGGGCCCACCUUUCCUCCAAAUUUCAUACAAAUCCCUUCACUACUUGUUGAGAUACAUUGGGAAAAUACACAAAAAUACUGGAUCUGCAUACAUAUCUGGUUCCUGCAUCCAUAUACAUAUCCAGAUUUGCAGCAAAAUCUAAUCAAUUGUUCCUUGGCUCAUGGCCCACCUUUCCUCCAAAUUUCAUCCCAAUCCCUUCACUACUUUUUGAGAUACAUUGGGUACAUACACAAAAAUACCAGAUCCACAUACAUAUUUGGGUCCUGGAUCCAUAUACAUAAUGAGUUUUGCAGCAAAAUCGAAGCAAUUGCUCAUUGCUGACCUUUCCUUCAAAUUUCAUCCCAAUCCGUUCACUACUUUUUGAGUUACGUUGGGAACGUACACAAUAAUACUGGAUCUGCAUACAUAUCUGGAUCCAUAUAUAUAUCCAGAUUUGCAUCAAAAUCUACUCAAUUGUUCCUCGGCUCAGGGCCCACCUUUCCUCCAAAUUUCAUACAAAUCCCUUCACUACUUGUUGAGAUACAUUGGGAAAAUACACAAAAAUACUGGAUCUGCAUACAUAUCUGGAUCCUGCAUCCAUAUACAUAUCCUGAUUUGCAUCAAAAUUUAAUCAAUUGUUCCUUGGCUGAUUGCCCACCUUUCUUCCAAAUUUCAUCCAAAGCCAUUCACUACUUUUUGAGUUAUGUUGGGAACAAACAAACAGAGGCGAAAACAUAACCUCCUCCAACAAAGCUGGCGGCGAUAACCAGCUAAACAGUCAGUAUUCUUGCUAGCUGGCUCCAUGUAAGAACUUUGCUAGUUGCUGAUAAAACUGAAUGCUUCCGUUAUAGCACUUUUGAUCAUUUAUUCCCCGUUUUAAACAUUGUAAAUUCUUGGCUUUUACAGUUAUACUGAGUCAGUGACUGCUAAAAUACAUUUAUGCUACGUUGUAUAAGCUAAAUUUAUAUUUGUAUUUUUUUAUACAGCAGUAGAGUUUUAUUUUUUGUAUUUCAAAAAUCUUUCUACAGCAAGGUGUAUUAAAACAUUUUUUUUUAUUUCUGUUAAAUAAAGAUGUAUUAUGUAUUUUAUUUAGUUGCCAUUAUCUAUGCAAAUGUGUUAUGCCAAAUGCUUCAUCUAUCAAUCUAUGUGAAUAUACAUAUAAUAAAAAAAAGACUAUGCUAAACUAUCAGUUUACUUUACAAAUUUACAAAUGUGGCUUCUUGUUAAUAAAACUGUGGUUUAUUAAAUAUUUUUUUUUAUUAUAGAAUGAAUAAAGGAUGCCUCAUCCAAGUAAACUGGAUAGCAUAGUCAAUAUUUAUUUGGUGUAUAUGAAUAUAUUUGUGAGAUUAUUAUUAUUAUUAUUAUUAUUAUUAUUAUAUGAAUGAGAGAAAACCAAAUUUGAUUAAUUAACUGGUAUGUUUUCAGAUUUGGUUUUACAUACAGGAUUAUAAAUGGAAAACAAUAAAGAAGUGAUUACAUUAUUUAUGUUAAUAUACUGUAUUUAUAGCAUUUAACAUAAAUGGUCAUUUUUACAAAUAAGGAAUGUAAAAUAAACAUGUGGUUUCACUCUC